CCCUCGCCUUAGUCUAUUGCCAGCAGCCGAGGGGACAACACCUCCGUAUUACUCUCCCGUGUUUAUUAUUGUCUUGCUUCGGGGAUUCAAUUCUUAUAAGGAACUAAGGUUGUGGUUGGUGAAUUUAUGACUGUUUCUCCAAGUGACUAGUGGCAUUAAGUAAGAAGUGGAGAUACUAUACAGUAUAGUGAGACGGCAAUACCCUAUGAGAUAAUAUUGGUGUAGUUAUCGUUCUUUCUCUCUAUAGUAGUAUAGUUGAGCUUGGUGAUUACACUAUAACGGUGAUUAAGACACAAACUAACCAACGUAAAUAACGCAUUAAUAAAAUAACAGCAAGAAUUACUCAGUGCGGUACAGACGGGUGAGAAGCUCGCCUUGAGGGAGAGACUAGUAAACACAGCCCAAGCAAAUGUCGAGUAUGGAGGCCUCACAACCAGACAACAGCAGCAGAGACUGGUGCGCCAUCUGGAGCACUAUAGUGGUAUCGGUUGCCAUUGUGUUCAUCGGUAUGUCUUUCUUGGUGCGAAGUUCAGCUACUGUGGGCCUGGUGCUGCUGUUCUCUGGCGGUGGCUUAAUGGUGCUGGCUGUAUGUGCCUUGGUGGGCAAGUGUAAAAUAAACACUAACAAAGACCCUCUGCCAGACUAUGACCGCCCUCCCUCCUAUAGGGUCUCUUGGAGAAGGUCUUUCCUGCGCCGCAUUCGAGAAAGAAACUCACCAGAAUCUGACCUAACAGAGGUAUCACACACAACAAGUCAGAUUGAUCCACGCAACACCACCCAAGAUCAUGCCUCCAGCACCCCACACCCAGUCCCAGUCCACAUUCAAACAGUGGUCACCUCUGUCCCUCCUAUUCAGGCCUCUGUGAACACCUUAACAGAGUUUGGGAACAGCCUAUACUAUGACCCCAGCAGCAGACAUGCCCAGUCACUGUCCAAUAUUGCAGACCCACCACCAUACGAAGUUGCCCUGGCCGGCAUGGACGAAGGCACGCUUAGGAAACUUAAGUCAGAAAAUUGUUUACCCUUAGCACCACUUGACUGAUGCCCAAAAAAUUAAAGUGCAUGAUUAAAGUGACUCUUUGAAUUGUAGUCUAACUUUAUAAGUUAUGUCUUGAUUUUAUAUUUCAGAUGAUUUAAAGAGGAUAAUGAAUAUCCACAGAAACUCGUACACACACAAGUCCUCAGUGAUUUCCUGGAUUUUGUAUAUUUAUGUGAGUUUUAAUAUCCAGCAGCUGUGGCAAGAGCUGUGCUUAUUAAUGCCAGCAGUACUGUGUGUGCUUAAUACCAGUAGUACCGUAUGUGCUUAUUAAUACCAAUAGUACUGUAUGUGCUUACUAAUACCAGUCAGAAUAAAAUAAAGUGAUUAAUUACAGUAUAAGCAGUUGUUAAAAACAUACAGAUUCCAAAUAACACCUGAAAUUUAAAUUUAAACAAAGACAAAUCCUAAACUGAAAAAAGGAUUUCCUUUUACAUAAGUUUUCAUCAAGAUGUUUAUAAUUAUCUGCAAGUUUAUUUACAUGUAUACCUGUAUAUGUUUUAUGUGAAUUAAAGACACAGUAGGUGGGAGAUAGUUAUAGCUUAACUACCAGAAAUAACUGCAGACUGGUGGUGUGACUUAUGACGUGUAAACUACUUAGCCAUCUAUAUUAAACACCCUGUUCUUGAGUGCUGCACAU